AUAAAUAAGGGCUUCCCCCUCUUAGCUUUAAAUUUUUUCUUUCCUUUUAAAAACACGCUCUUCAGCUUAUACAUGUUCCUGUUUCUUCACCCUCAAGUCAUGGAGGGUUACGCUCACAAAGAAAGGGUGGAAGCUCUGCAGGCGGAGUUGGAACGCGUGAGGAAGGAGAAUGAGAAACUUAGGUCCAUGCUUCAAGUUAUGGGCUCCAAAUUCGAGGUCCUUCGAGCCCUUCUCCGGGAUAGAGCAAGAGAAGAACGAGACGGCAGCGUACACGACUCCAACAAGAGGGCGAGGAGUGGUGAAACAGAGGUUUUGGUGGCCAAGACGUCCCAAGUUUUUGCAAGAACUGAGCCCUGGGACAAGACCCUUACAGUGAAGGAUGGAUUUCAAUGGAGGAAAUAUGGGCAGAAGGUCACUAAAGAUAAUCCGUCGCCUAGGGCUUAUUUCAGGUGUUCCAUGGCUCCCCAGUGCCCCGUCAAAAAGAAGGUUCAGAGAUGCGUGGAGGAUGAGACCAUUCUUGUUGCAACCUACGAAGGAGAGCACACUCAUGGACUUCCUAGUCCAGUUCAAGGUUCAACUACUUCUCCGGAUAAGCAUAAGGCUAUUCGAAGCUUGGACACAAACCUUCCAUCUCCAAUCACAAGCACCAAGAACCCAUUUCAGCCAAGCGUCACUCUUGAUCUCUCUCUUUCUGGUGCCAAUCAGGACAUUAGAAGACCACAUCAAAGCUCAGCUGAAGACUGCAAACGCAAUAUCAAAUGCAACCAAGAUAUUGAAGAAUAUGUUGGAUCAUUAACUAAAGAUCCUAAUUUCAUGGGGGCUUUGGCUUCGGCGGUCGCACGUUCGAUCCGAUCUCCCUAA